AUGGCGUGGCGGCUUGGCGCGGGAGAGGGGAAGCCACUCGUGCCGAGCGACGGCUCCAGCUUCAGAAAGCCUUGCGGCAUCCACGUGGCAGAGGACGUUCUCUACGUUGUGGACUGGGAGCGCGGCUCCGUGCUACAGUUCUUUUUGGAUGGCUUCUGCCCAGCCGCGGGGGGCGUGAUUCAGUGCAGGGUGGUCUGCGACAGUUCCACGGACGCGCUGUCGCCCCGUGGCGUGCACGUGGUUGGCGAACUGGCCCUCGUGACCGACGGAAAGCGGCACGAGCUGAUGGCGAUCCCUGUUACCACAUCUCAGCACUGCGACAAGAAGCUCGGCGACGCCCCUCCGCAGGCCGCUCCAGCGGGCCCGGCUGACCUCGACAACCACUGCGAGUGCACCCCAGCGCUGGGCGAGCCUUCGCCAGACGGGGCCGUCGCCCGCCGUGGGAGUGCAGAGCUGCCAGUGCUGACUCCCGCCGCUGGGGCGCAAGAUGCGUCGCCAGGGCCCACCCGGUUGACAACGCCAGCUGCCGCGGACGGCGAAGCCGAGCCCUCGUCUUCGGGUGCCAGCGCGUCGACGUUUGGCGAGGCGGCGUCCAGUGCUGAAGGCCCUCCUCUUGCCUUGGAGGGUGCUGGAGCCCUGCUUGGCCUGGGCGCAGCACGCUCAUCGGCGGCCUCUGCUGGGCUGCCACGGCCAGCUGGCCGCCUUGACUUCCAGAGAGUUUUUGCGUCGUGGCGCCAGAGGUUGUCCUGCAUCCGGAAGGCCACGGCGCUCCCUGGCCUGCUGCUAGAGCAGGCGCGCGCGGGCCUGCUCCUCUGGCUCUGGCCCUGGACUCCCCGGGCGGGCGCUGGUGUCGCCACAUGCCUGGGAGCCUGCCAGGUGGCAAGCAGUGCUCAGGCAAGUGGCGAGCUCGUGGCGAGCCUGGCCGCGGAGCAUCCGCCGGCGGGGCCUGGCGGCAGCUGCGAGCCAGGACCGAGCCCGGCCGAAGACCCACCGCCCCACGGGCCUGACAGCAGCUGCGCGCGCGCGGCCGGCCCGGCCGCGGAGCCUGCGCAGAGCAGGCCUGGAGCUCCGGAAGGCCUAGCGGCGAAGCUGGGGAGCGUGCCCUGCUCCGGCUCGCGCCAGCGCGCCUGUGCCGGGGACGCCCUGCCAGACGGGCGGGGGGACGCCACGGACUCCAGCUCCAGCAGCUGCGCGCCUCCUGCAGCGGCUGGCCGGCUCGCGCCCGCGGGCCCCGAGGUGCAGGCGGACGGCCUGCACACGCCCAGCCGACCAGUGGAGGUUCGCGCGGUCGGGCUGCAGACGGCCCAUGGCCGGCCCCUGGAGCUGACCGGGGGGCUGCAUGGCAGCCGCGGAGGCGUCGAUGUGAGGGACGUGCGCCGCCUGCCCAACGGCCAGCUGAUCGACAGCAGCGGGGCCUUGUGGGCCUUCCAGCGGUUCGACAAGCCAGACCAGCUCAACGAGCCGAGGGGCCUCUUCUACGACGUUCGGGAGGGGUUUCUGUACCGUCGCCGACUCGGGCAACGAGCGCGUGCAGCGCUUCCGGCUCGGGGAGCGGCACGGCGAGACGGUCGUGGGCGGGAGCUCGGGCCGGCGGGCGGGCGCGCCGCAGUCCGUGGCGGUGGCCCGCGACGGCGCGCUCUUCGUCGCGGACAGCGAGCGGGACUGCGUGCUGCGGUUCCCGCCCGUCCUAGACUGAGGCAGCGCUCCCGGCGCCGCGGGGUCAGUCGGCCCUUCUCCAAUGGCAAUGUUGCGCCCUGCUGGCGCACACGCUUUGGCGAGCGGCCUCUUUUCAGGCCUCCCGCACUGGGGAUGAUGGCCCUUCAAAAACCUGCGCAGUAA